UAGUUUUGAGUAUAAUGUUUAUUUCUAUAUUUAUGACCAAACACAGCCGCAAGGUCACUUGCGGGAGCAGCGCCACAGAGGAGGGAAGACUUCUGAGCCACGGUCAUAGCAGCCCUGUUUCCAAGCCCGCCCCCUUCCCCAUGCACAGGUGACACCAAAGGCCCCCAGCGCUGAGGGGCUGUGACUAAGCGCCACUGUGAGAAACUGCAGGGCAUUCCCCGGGUUUAUUAACAGGAACGUGACUGCACGCGCGGGGCCGACCCCCUUUUUCUCGGCGCUGAGGCCCGAACCCGGGUGCUGCGGUUAGAGGGUCACAAAGGUCAGCUGAAACCCGGACCACCGUCGAGAAGCCAGAAAGCCAAUGGAGAGUGACUUAACCCGACGACGGGAAUGAAACCGCGGCUACCUCUCCCGCACCCCAGAAAGACCCGGAGGCUCCCAAAGGACAGGGCUGGAACCCCGCCGAGAAAACGUCCGGGUGGCGGGCGAGCCCCGUCCACGCCCCUCAGCAGCGCGCCGCGGCCGCCGCAGUCUCCCUCCCGGGAUCACUCACCGCCCCAGGACCCAGCCAGGGAUGGAGAAGGAAGUGAGGCCUCUACCGCCGAGCCGCACCCGGCCCGCCGUCCCGAGGCCGUCCCUCCCAGAACUCGACCAGGAUUCGUGACAGGGCUGCGGGGACACAGGCUGAAAGAGCUGUCAGGUACCGCCGAGCCUUCUGGGAAACGUAGUCCCUAGCAAGAAGACCUCAACGGACUCGCAGCCGUGGAUGCACAGUUCCAAGCGCUGACAAGUGCUAAACCCAAUUCCCGAGCUUCCGCUCCCGGGAACCGCCUGUUAGGAGUGGAGGGUUCCCCCAGAGUGGCAUCUGCAGUCGUGAAUCCCCUGGCCUUCCCCGCCCCCCCGCGGAGCAACCUGGUGCCCACCCCGAGGUCUCCCGCCCUCUGGCACCUGGCCCCUCCCCAGCGCGGAGCAGCUCAGCCCUCGGGCCUUUGCGGCCUCUCUUCUGCCCAGCCUUCCACCCCAUCUCGGCGACCGGAGCCUGCAGGGUGUUUGCAUGGCGAGGUCCCAGGCCAACUCUUAACUGGACAUAAGAACGGCCCAGCAGAAGCCCUGAGUAGAAAACAGAUGUUCCGAAUCCUUCCCUUGGCAUCGAACUCCCAGGACUGUCUGGUUGGUUGCCAGAGGAGGCGGGCGAGGGUGCCAAGUAUUCUGGGAAAUGUGCUAUGGGCUUCAAACUGGGAGCUCCUGGGUCUCCUGUGAGAGCCAGAGGUCACUUUGGGUGGGCCCCUAGCUAAAAAAUAAUAAAGCCUUUCCUUAAAGUGAAGAAAAUGAGCCUGUCUACUCUGUUGAUUCAGUGCAAUUUAGAAAAAGAAAAGAACAUUUGGGAUGGACUAUAAAACGCUUAGAAUUGCUAGCCAUAGAGCUAAUGUCGAAGAUCCCUUUGAUGCCAAUUCCACCAUUCCUUCAACACACAUAGGGUGCAUUUUCCAAUGGAUAUUUGUUGGGAACGUUCUAUACUUAAGAUCGUUCUGGGAACUGUGGUUACUUGGGAAUCAUAUAUAACCACUGCCUUCAUGAAGCCCACAGCCCAAAAGGGGAGAUAAACCAUAAAAGGUAUCAAAAUCCCAAGUAAUAUUUUGUCUUUUCCUUUUUUCUGAAGAGCUGGGAGAGCAAAAACCAAUUUUU